CUGGCCUACUUAACAGCAAAACAAGUAGGUGUUUACUGAAGUUGUGUUAUAAAACAGUCACUGGGCACCGACAUUUAAAAAACAAAAACUGGACAAUGGUCUCCGGCGGUGCAAUUCAGAUACCGAGCCGUCUCCCGUUGCUGCUGACCCACGAAGGAGUUCUUCUCCCGGGCUCCACGGUCAGGUUCAGCGUGGACUCCCCACGGAACAUGCACCUUGUCCGAGAGCGGCUGCAAGGGACUUCGCUGAAAAGCACCAUCAUAGUGAUUCCUAACACCAGAGACCCGGAGCACGACACCGACGACCUCCCCACGUUGCACAAAAUUGGUACAGCAGGGAUUGCAGUGCAGGUAGUGGGCAGUAACUGGCCCAAACCUCACUAUACCCUCCUCAUCACUGGACUGUGCCGAUUCAGUGUAUCGAGUCUGUUAAAAGAGCGACCCUUUGUCCUGGCAGAGGUGAAGCAGUUAGAUCAGUUGGAGCGGUAUACGACCCCACAAAGAGAUGCCACCGCAACAGAUGAUGGAGAGCUGGGGGAGCUGUCGGAGAAGUUCUACCAGGCUGCUGUACAGUUGUUAGGUAUGUUAGACAUGUCUGUUCCAGUCGUGGCCAAGUUCAGGCGCCUCUUGGACAGUCUGCCGAGGGAAACUCUACCUGACGUUGUUGCCUCGAUGAUCCGCACCUCAAACAAGGAGAAACUCCAGGUCCUGGAUGCAUUGAGUUUGGAAGAGCGCUUUAAGAAGGCCCUGCCCAUGCUGACCAGACAGAUAGAGGGACUAAAACUGCUGCAGAAAACCAGGAAGACGAGUCCUGAUAAUGAGAAGAGGGUGUUGGUGCGGAAAGGUACAGUGUUCCCAGGUCGACAGUUCAAUCUGGAUGAGGAGGAUGAAGAUGAUGAUGGUGAUGACACAGCAGCCUUGGAGAGGAAGGUUCAUGGGGCGAACAUGCCUGAAGCUGCCCUCAAAAUUUGCCUGAAAGAACUCAAAAGAUUGAAGAAGAUGCCUCAGUCAAUGCCUGAGUAUGCCCUGACCAGAAACUACUUGGACCUGAUGGUGGAGUUGCCAUGGAGCAAAAGCACCAAAGACUGCCUGGACAUCCGAGCUGCACGUACCCUAUUGGACAAUGAUCACUACGCCAUGAACAAGCUGAAGAGACGCGUCCUGGAGUAUUUAGCUGUCAGGCAGCUGAAGACAUCACUCAAGGGCCCCAUCUUAUGUUUUGUGGGCCCUCCUGGAGUCGGUAAGACGAGUGUAGGACGCUCGAUUGCCCGAACUCUGGGCAGAGAAUUUCACCGAAUUGCUUUGGGAGGCGUCUGUGACCAGUCUGACAUCCGAGGACACAGGCGUACAUAUGUAGGGAGCAUGCCCGGCCGCAUUAUCAAUGGUUUGAAGACAGUGGGCGUCAAUAAUCCCGUCUUCCUUCUGGAUGAGGUGGACAAGCUGGGGAAGAGCCUGCAAGGGGACCCUGCAGCUGCUCUGCUGGAGGUCCUGGACCCAGAGCAGAACCACGGCUUCACAGACCAUUACCUGAAUGUGGCCUUUGACCUCUCACAAGUGCUCUUCAUCGCUACAGCAAACACUACAGCGACCAUUCCCCCGGCCCUGCUUGACAGGAUGGAGGUGCUGGAGGUACCAGGCUACACCCAGGAGGAGAAGGUAGAGAUUGCUCACCGCCACCUGAUUCCAAACCAGCUGGAGCAGCAUGGGUUAACCCCUCAACAGCUGCAUAUACCUCAGAGCACCACACCGGACAUAAUCAGCAGGUACACCCGAGAAGCAGGUGUGCGCUCACUAGAAAGGAAGAUCGGGGCGAUCUGCCGAGCUGUAGCUGUCAAGGUUGCCGAGGGUCACACACUCACCAAGACAGAGACUUUGACCCCUGAAAACUCAAAACAGCAUGGAGACAAGGCAGCACCUCCAGAGUUGCCCAUAGUGAUUGAUCAUAUCGCACUGAAAGACAUCCUGGGGCCUCCAGUGUUUGAAAUGGAGGUCUCUGAGCGGCUCACCCUGCCUGGUGUAGCUCUCGGCCUGGCCUGGACGCCGCUUGGUGGGGAGAUCAUGUUUGUGGAGGCCAGUCGGAUGGAGGGAGAAGGUCAGCUCACUCUCACGGGUCAGCUGGGAGACGUUAUGAAAGAAUCUGCCCACUUGGCCAUCAGCUGGCUCAGAGCGAAUGCUAAAACCUACCAGCUCACAAACAUGGUGGGGGGUUCAGAUCCUUUAGAGGGGACAGACAUCCACCUCCACUUCCCCGCUGGAGCCGUCACCAAAGAUGGCCCCUCUGCUGGUGUUACAAUCGUCACCUGCCUGGCUUCACUGUUUAGCGGCCGACUGGUCAGAUCAGACGUCGCCAUGACUGGAGAGAUCACGUUAAGAGGGCUUGUGCUGCCAGUGGGCGGGAUUAAGGACAAGGUGCUGGCUGCACACAGGGCAGGAGUGAAGCGCGUCAUCCUCCCGAAACGCAACGAGAAAGACCUGGAGGAGCUUCCAGCAAACGUCAGAGCCAACCUCGACUUUAUCACAGCCACAAACCUGGACGAGGUGCUCAACGCCUCUUUCGAUGGAGGGUUUCCGGGAGUAAGCAGCACGCGUGCACACCCUCAGCUCACCAGCAAACUGUAACACACUGCUCAAAACACAUUAACAAUGUAAGGCAUCUGUGAUCUUGGAUAAUUAAGCCGUUUUUUGAUCCUUAGAAGAGCUGUAAGGUCUUUUUGCAGAUGAUUUAUUCAGUAUUACAAAGCUAACUUGAAGUUGAAGAUGGAGCUGAGAUACAGGAGAAUUCAGUUUACAAAAUCCCCAGCUCCUCUUUGCUAAUAGCACUGUGCAGCCAGCUCAGAAAUAACUGCUAAAUAUCAUCAUAGUGGGGCUUUGUUUUUCAUUUCAACUGAAUAGCUGCUUAUUUCAUUUACAUUGACCUUGUAUUAGUAGCCUGGCUAUGUCUUCCGAAGCAGGGGGACUAGUGAGUGAUACAUGCCUUAAAGAUUUAUACAGGUUGAAUUUGUGCGCUGAAAAAGCCCAAAUGUGCAUGAAGAGUUCUGCUAAGGGAAAGAAAUUGAUUGAUGUUUGUUUAUGUAAAUUGUUCUCCUUAAUCACAUAUUUUAUUUCACUCUAGUUGGAUUUUUAUCAGUGGAUCUUUCACAUCCACAAUAAAAUUUUAUUUAGCUGCACUGAUGGUGAUGAAUAUAUUCUGUGAUUAAAAACUGUAAAGAUGUUUUGUUUUCAUUUCCUCCACUAGGCUGACAAAUUGAAACAUAAAAUAAAUUUAGAUUUCUUUUA